UGUUCAUUCAUUCUUUUUGUUUAGCCUAAGGAACACUUUUUUGUUCAACCACCACGCUCUCAUUCGAUUUUGUUUUAACUUUCUAGUCUAAACUUGUAGCAUGGAUGCUUACGUUAAGGAAGAAGCGCUGGAGAUUCCGAAUGUUCCCGAUCGCAGGCAGAGAAAUGGCGCCGUUUCCCCGCUCCCUCCUGACUCGGUUAUUGAACUCAGUAGCGGUAGUAGCAGUAGCGAUUCCGAUUCCGACGUCGAUUUGGAUAGCGUAAUCGCCAGCGCGGCGCAAACCGGCGUUUCGGGAGAAAGCCCUAGGAAGAAACGGAAGAUGGACGACGUGGGAGUGGUUUUGCCCGUUGGAUUCCUCAGCCCUCUCCCUCCGGCGCCGUUCCCACCGCCGCAGCCUUUGCUGUCCUUGCCGGCGCCGGAGUGGGCUUCUGCUUCGGCGGCGAGUUCCAACAGGAGUGCGAGUUUGGUCCUGAAUAGCCCUAAGCAGUUUUGGAAGGCCGGAGAUUACGAUGGCGCUCCUGUCUGUGGCUUCGAUACUUCAACCGAAUCUGCAGUUGGUAUGGAUCACGUCAGAGUUCACCCUAAGUUUCUACAUUCUAAUGCUACAAGUCAUAAGUGGGCUCUUGGAGCUUUUGCUGAGCUUUUGGACAAUUCAUUGGAUGAGGUUUGUAAUGGGGCUACAUAUGUUAAUGUAGAUAUGCUUGUAAGUAAGAAAGAUGGCACCAGGAUGUUGCUGAUUGAAGAUAAUGGUGGUGGGAUGGAUCCUGAUAAAAUGCGUCAAUGCAUGUCGCUGGGGUAUUCCGAGAAAAGCAAAUUGGCAAAUACAAUUGGACAAUAUGGAAAUGGCUUUAAAACAAGUACCAUGAGGCUCGGGGCUGAUGUAAUUGUAUUCUCCCGUUGUCAUGGGAAAGAUGGGAAGAGCUCUACACAAAGCAUAGGCUUGCUGUCUUACACAUUUUUGAGGAGUACAGGGAAGGAAGACAUUGUAGUACCCAUGCUGGACUAUGAAAGAGGUGGACAGGAAUGGAAUAGGAUGAUACGAACUUCUCUGAAAGAUUGGAAUAAAAAUGUUGAAACAAUAGUUCAAUGGUCGCCAGUUUCCAAUGAGGCUGAUCUAAUUCGUCAGUUCAACCUGAUGAAAGAUCAUGGUACUCGAAUAAUCAUAUACAAUCUUUGGGAGGAUGAUCAAGGUCAGCUAGAACUUGAUUUUGAUGCAGACGCACAUGAUAUUCAAAUAAGAGGUGUAAAUCGGGAUGAGAAAAAAAUACAAAUGGCUAAAGAGUUCCCCAACUCUAGACACUUCCUAACUUACCGACAUUCACUAAGGAGUUAUGCCUCAAUUUUAUACCUGAGAUUUCCACCGGGCUUCCGAAUUAUUCUUAGAGGGAAAGAUGUUUUGCAUCACAAUAUAGUGAAUGAUAUGAUGAUGUCUCAGGAGGUGACAUACAAGCCACAAUCGGGGGCUGAUGGGAUUCCAAAGGAUUCAAAUAUGGUUGCUGUUGUUACUAUUGGAUUUGUCAAGGAUGCAGUUCAUCAUGUUGAUGUUUCAGGGUUUAAUGUUUAUCACAAGAAUCGACUUAUUAAGCCAUUCUGGAGGAUCUGGAAUCCAGCAGGAAGUGGUGGGCGUGGGGUCAUAGGUGUGUUGGAAGCCAACUUUGUUGAACCUGCUCAUGAUAAGCAAGGCUUUGAGCGUACUUUAGUUUUAUCAAGACUGGAGUCACGACUGAUACAAAUGCAGAAGAAUUAUUGGAGCUCUAACUGCCAUAAAAUUGGUUAUGCUUCCAAUCGAAGUAAGAAACAAAUCAGCGGCUCUGCCGGUAAAGAGACACCUACCGGUUGUGUUCCAGAAUCAUCUCAAUCAAAAAGGAACUAUUCUGCCACAAAUGGCAAGGGAACAGCAUUGACAUCAGACAAACUGUGUUAUAAUUCGAAUCAGAAACGGAUACGAAAGGAACCAGAAAGAUAUAGUGCAUACAUAAAUAGUCGUUUGUCAGCCUCUCCUAAAAGUAGGAUACAAAGUUCAUCUGAACAAUCCUCAUCUUGUGAUGAUAUCAGUGAUCAAAUUAAGAAACAAGCAAAAGGUGGUAAUCAAAAGACAUCUAAUGCUAAAAAGUCAUUUGAAAAUGAUAAUGAAUGUUUACAAGAGACUACAUCAAGUGGAAAAGCCUUGCAGUCCACGCGAGAUUCUAAGCUGAAGGGACAAGAUGUUAGUGAUGGUGAGCGACCACUAUCUGACGCUGAUUUACAAACUCUGGAGCAGUUGAAAAAGGAGAAUCGUGAGCUGAAGGAAAGAUUAGAGCGGAAGGAGGAAGAAAUUUUGGGGGAAGUAUUGCAGUAUGAGAAAGACCGGUGUAAAUCUCUUGAAACUCAGCUCCAUGCCGCAGAAAAAAAGAUUGAAGAUUUGAACAAGGAACAAGAAACUCUAAUUGAUGUUUUCGCUGAAGAGAGGGAUAGACGUAAUGCUGAAGAGAAAAGUUUGAGAAAGAAGCUUCAGGAGGCGUCAAAUACCAUUGAAGAGUUGCGUGACAAGGUACGGCUGCUGGAAAGGAAGUCUUCUAGUGGCAGACUAGAACGAUGAAAGCCCUGUUACAGCAUUUUCUGUGGGCAUAGGGAGUUUAUGUUUGCCUUAUAUGGUUAUGAAGUUCCAAACUUGAGAUUUAGGAUGUCAGACUGUUUAUUCAUUGUAUGUAAUUUUCUAGCUUGCUACUUUAUGAUGCAGUAUAGAAGAAUGACUUGUUGACUGAUUGUACAGUAGAGAUGUAGGAUGAGGUGCCUAGGUCUCCAAAACGCACGAGAUAUUGUAAAAUUGAGGGCACCUGAAAUUCAUUUGCCAAACUGGAGAGGAAGUUUUGCUA